AUGAGGAAUAUUAUUCCUGUGAACGGAGGCGGUGAUGGAGGGGAGUCCCGCAGCCUCCGCAGCCGGGUGGGCAGGAUGAAGAAGCUGCUUUGGCUCAGGCCGAGUCACUGCGUGGACGUCCACAUGGACACAGAGCCCGGCGUGUGGCUGACCAGCUUCCAGUUGUUAGACACAGAUGGACAACACGAGGAUCCGGUGCAGGAGUGGGGGGAGGAGGAGGAGGACGGGGCUGUGUUUGGCGUCACGCUGCGCAGGGAGCCCGUCCUGCCGAGCUCAGACACACCGGAGCUCCCGACAGCCUUCAGCUUCGUUCAGUACCACACGGUGAAGUUGCGCAGGCUGAAGGCCGGCACCCUGGAGCGCCUGAUCACCCAACUGCUGCACCCCGAGCACCAGGAGCCCGACUUCAUCCGAGUCUUCCUCUGCACCUACAGGGCCUUCACCUCCACCAACACCCUCAUCGAGCUGCUGUUUCAGAGAGAGGACGCAGUCAGCAACCUGGAUAACACUGUCUGCCUACGCAGUACCUUAUACCCGGUGAUCCGGCUGUGGCUCGAGGAAUACGGUGAAGACUUCCAAGAGCCCCCUCAGUAUCAGGCUCUCCGGCUGUUGUGUGUCCACUUGCGGCAUCGCCUCUGUUUCAGACGCUUGGCUCAGACUGCAGAGAGCCUCCUCAAGAGGCUCAAGGAACAAGAUUGCAGCCAGUCUGCGUCACAUCGCAACAGUGUAUCACUACAGCAAGAGCACAGAGAUCAGGAAGACAAACACAACUUUAUGGACUUCUCUGUGAGAGAAGUGGCCGAGCAGCUGACCCGUUUGGACGCUGAGCUGUUUGUCAAAGUGGUGCCCUUCCACUGUUUGGGCUGCGUCUGGUCCCAACGGGACAAGAAGGAAAACAGAAACCUGGCGCCCACCGUCCGCGCCACCAUCUCCCAGUUUAACGCCGUCACCAACCGUGUCAUCACCUCACUCCUCUGCCCGUCCUCUCCCAGCCCUUCCACUUCCUCUCCCAUCUCAUCACCCAGCUCCUCCUCUAACUUCCUGUACCCCUCAACUGCUCCGAGCUCACCUCACGGCUCCCACACCAGCCCUGCCCACAGGGCUCGCAUCAUCGAGGGCUGGAUUGCUAUAGCUCAGGAGUGCAGAGAGCUGAAGAACUUCUCCUCUAUGAGGGCCAUCCUUUCAGCCCUGCAGUCCAACUCUGUGUAUCGGCUCAAGAAGACCUGGGCUGCCGUAAGCAGGGAAACUAUGAACACCUUUGACCACCUGAGUGAGACUUUCCCUGAUGUGAACUGUGUGCUGACCAGCAGGGAGAUCCUUGUGGAGGAUGGGACUCAUUCAGAUGGCAGUGCCACCCCGGGCUCAGCAUCCAGACUUAGCUUCAGCAGUGGUGUUGUGCCGUACCUGGGCACCUACCUGACUGUCCUCACCAUGCUGGAUACAGCUCUGACUGACACUGUGGAGGGCGGACUCAUCAACUUUGAGAAGCGAAGACGGGAGUUUGAGAUUCUCUCUCAGAUUCGACAGCUUCAGUCUUCCUGCUCCCGCUACAGCCUCCCAGUAAAUCCUUAUAUCACCGCCUGGCUGCAGGGCCACACACUGCUUACAGACCAGGAGAGCUAUGAGCUGUCUCGUGAUCUGGAGCCUCCAGUUGACCCCUGUCCCAGCUCUCCCAACAGUUGGAGCAGUCGUCUGCUGACUAAGAAACUCACUUUGUUACGAACAGGCAGCGACAACUCCCUGAGAAAGACCCACUCUGACCAGAUCAGUGUGUCAUCUUCUGGCUCCAGCGGUUCAGAGAUGGAGGACCUCUCUGUCCCCCAGCCCUCCCCUCUAAGACUCAAACUCAAGUCUCUCUCAGGCUCUCUCCACAAUGUUGCAGAGGAUUUCUCCUCCAGCUCCACGUCUUCCUCUCCCAGUCUUUCCAGCUCCUCCUGCGGCUCCUCCCAUCCAGACCUCAGCUCUUCCUCUCUGGCCCUGAGCCCAGAGUCAUUGUCGUCCUGCUGCUCCUCUCAGGCCGUGCUGCCCGUCUACAACAAACAGGUUGCUGACUCGUGUAUCAUCAGGGUCAGCGUGGAGUCCGUUUGCAAUGGAAACGUCUACAAGAGCAUUCUGCUGACCAGUCAGGACCACACGCGUCAGGUGAUCGAGAGGGCUCUUGAAAAACACAACAUUGAGGAUGUCGGCUGCCAAAAUUUCAACCUCUGCCAGAUGCUCAACAAUGGAAAAGAUCUUCAGAUCCCCGACAAAGCCAACGUGUUUUAUGCCAUGUGCACCUCCGACAACUACGACUUUGUGCUACGUCGGCGUUGGAGGGGCCACGGGAGACGUCUGGGCUCCUCCUCCAGUCCUGGAGCUCAACCCAAGAGCCGAUACGCCAAGUGACAAGCAUCUCUGCCGGCUUAAUGUUAGGAGUUCAUCUAGAAUACGAAAAGGGGGCAACUCAUCUGCAAACAACAGCCCAACAACACUUUGAUGGCCGUUUGUAUCCUCUCAUCAACGUGAGAUUUUCUCUGUAGAGCAGAUAUGAGCCACGCUGAAAGGAAGACUCACAAGCAAUCAAUGCUGAAAAGUAAUCCUGAGUUUUCAUGAAGGGAGCAACAGUGAAAUGUGUAAAACCAAGAAUUACUCUGGACUGUUAAAAGAGUAAUGCAAGAAGAGAGAGAUGUCCAAGUACACAGAAGAGAGACACCGCAAAGAUACUGAGAAAGACAAAGGGAUUCUCAUUUUGUUCACUAUCAUCUUAAACAUCAAAACAUCUUUGGAUAAAUGAACCAACAUUCACACAGGACAAACAGGAUGAGGAUGAAAACUUGGACUCGUACAGCAGAUGUGGGACUUUUCCUUCUGCCUGUGUGGCUGAAUGAGUAACUAACUAUUAACUACGCAAAGCAGAGUGUGGGAACACGCGUACUGUUAGUUGAUGAGUCAACAUUUCAGUCGGCAUCCAAGAGCAACGAGACUCCCUUAAAUCAAAUGGUGUUUGAAACACUGUUUGGACUCUUCAUUGAGUUUCCAUUUGUCUGUAAUAAGUAUUCAGUCGUCUUCUAGUUGAGGAUUUAAAUGUUUUAUUUUAACUUAAUAAAAUGUUAUCAAUUUAAAUUAUUAAAUGCAUUUCAGUAUUCAGCUUUUAGAGCAUAAGGGGCAAAGA